UCAUGAAGUACUUCAUUGUCCUAGCCUUGUGUGCUGCAGCUUUUGCUGCUCCCAUUGACGAUGAGGACGACAAGAUUGUUGGAGGAUAUGAGUGCAGAAAGAACUCUGUGGCCUACCAGGUCUCUCUAAACGCUGGCUACCACUUCUGUGGAGGUUCCCUGAUCUCCAGCACCUGGGUGGUGUCUGCCGCUCACUGCUACAAGUCUCGCAUCCAGGUGCGUCUUGGUGAGCACAACAUCGCCGUCAAUGAGGGCACGGAGCAGUUCAUCAACUCUGCCAAGGUCAUCAGACAUCCCAGAUACAGCAGCCGCAACCUGGACAACGACAUCAUGCUCAUCAAGCUGAGCAAGCCCGCCACCCUCAACAGCUAUGUGCGCAUUGUCUCCCUGCCCUCCGGCUGUGCCAACUCUGGCACCCGCUGUCUGAUCUCUGGAUGGGGCAACAUGAGCGGCUCUGGAAACAACUACCCUGAUCGUCUGAGGUGCCUGGAUGCUCCCAUCCUGAGCGACAGCAGCUGCAGGAACUCCUACCCUGGACAGAUCACCUCCAACAUGUUCUGUGCUGGAUUCCUGGAGGGAGGCAAAGACUCCUGCCAGGGAGACUCUGGUGGUCCCGUGGUGUGUAACGGCCAGCUUCAAGGUGUCGUGUCCUGGGGUUACGGUUGCGCCCAGAGGAACAAGCCUGGUGUCUACGCCAAGGUCUGCAACUACAACUCCUGGAUUCGUAGCACCAUGUCAUCCAACUGAAUGGAUGAAUGUCAGCGUGGAAUUACCAUCUGUCCAUGUGUUAAAUAAUCAUUACA